AUGACUAACACUAAUUAUAGCGAUGAUGAGAACGGUAACGGAAUGCAUCUGCAAGAAAUUGCACAUGUCAUUUCGCACUACCUGCAAGCAAAUCCAGGAGAUUCAAAGGGGAUGUUAGCAUUAACUGGAUUUAAGAGAUUGUUAGAGAGGGCCAAUGUAGAUCAAUGGAAUGAACUUUUUGUUUUACCUAAUACUUCUGCUGCUCCUAAUACUGCUACUGCUACUACUGCUACUGCUGCUCCUACUGCUACUGCUACUACUGCUACUACUACUGCUGCUCGUUCUACUGCUGCUCGUUCUACUACUGCUCGUUCUACUACUGCUCGUUCUACUACUGCUGCUCGUUCUACUACUGCUGCUCCUACUACUGCUGCUCCUACUACUGCUCGUUCUACUACUGCUACUGCUACUGCUACCCGUCCUACUACCCGUUCUAUCACCCGUUCUACUGCUGGUCCUACUACUGGCCCUACUACCAUUGCUACUGCUGCUGCCCGUGCUACCGCUGCUGCUACUACGGAUAAAGAAUUCAAGGUUGUCUUUAAAGAUGAGGAAACCGUUCGAAAGAAGGUAGACUCCAUCCGUACACUGUAUGGAUGGGGGGAUGAAACAACAACAUCAACAGCAGCAACAUCAACUGCAGCAACAUCAACAGCAACAACAUCAACAGCAACACCGUUCAUGACAUUAAGAACAUAUGAUGACAAUCCAGAUGGAAUGGAUAUUGAACGAGUAAAAGAAAAACUAAAAGAAAUAACACAGCAAAUCGGCAGGACAGAUUGCCAUCAGCUUGUCCUUCGGCAUAAUGCCCUUUACUAUCGAUUCAUGCUAGCACGUUACUAUGAUGCCUUGUUGGUGAAGAAAGUACCUCUAGCAGAAGCAGAUGCUCUCGUAGUGCAAGCUAUGAAUGUGAAUACAAAGGACAACAUCCAUGCUGCCAAGAAAUGGGUGCGACAGGGGCGACGGAUGAACGAUGUUAUUACCAUUUUUGGGAAUACGGGGAUCAUUUUCUUCGACUUAGUCACUACAAGUGAUUUGGAUCUGAUGGAUAAGGAAACUUGGGAGAAGUACGUGACUUUUCUGAUGGAGAAAGUGAACAAGAUGACACCACGAAUCACGGAGAUCGUGGCUAUGGAUAGUGCAGCCUAUACAAGUGCCCUUCUUUGGGAAGAUAGUGCUUUCGGAAGCGACAGUGAUGAUACGGACACAGACAUCCAAUAUUCGUAUGAAAAUCCUGAUGAUGAAUGA